AUGCAAAAAGUACAACAGUUAUGUUCUUCGACGAGAAGUUUGUAUCAGGCUUAUAAUAUUGGUCAUUAUAUUAGCGAAACAAUUACAUUUGAUUGUCAUAAUCUUGAUGAUAUAUAUAUAUACUCAUGCUAUAAUGUUAGAUUUUUUUCUACUAAAACACAAGGAACAUGUUGUGGAGACUACAAUGUCAGAAAAGAUUUUCAUGCUAAUAUUAGAGCUUAUAACAGUAUUUUUGCAUUCACUUCUAUAGGUGUCAGAUUAGACGAAAACCUUGCAAACAGCAAGAAUGGAGUUUACAUGUUUCGAAUACAAGAAGGAAUCUAUCAUUCUGUAAGAUCACUUCUUCCAGUUGAUAAAAUUUCAAGAUUUUUUCAAUUAUAUAUUUACAAUAUCAAAUUCAAAACUACAAAUAGAUUAGCUAUAAUGCCUCAGCUUUGUCAAAAUAUUUUAGAAAUUAUCAAAUCUUUGUUAAACAAUUUAUAUCUUUUUGUAACCAAUUUUUAUUUAAUUUUCUCUGUUAGUGAUAUAACAAAACUUUGUCUUUUUAUCAGAACUGAUCAUGGCUUGGAUCAACUUGUUUACAGUGUACCAACAGCAUUACAGGUUGCUGCUGUAUUGAUAGAAGAAAAUAAACCUACAGAGUAUACUGAAUGUGAUAUAAUUGUGCAAUCAUGA